AAGCAUCCACACACAAAGUAAGGAGCAAAAUAUUAAAAUCUUAAAAAAAAAAAAAAAAAAAAAAAGAUGACAUGGAUGGCAACUUCCUCAAAUGUUUCACAACACAGAGAUGAAUGAUUGGUGUCACAGCACAUGAGGUGUUACUUUCACAAAGGCACGUAAGGCAAGAUUACCAGGAAGCAUGAUGGCUGCAGCCAAAGUGAUCUACACGGUGGUGGAGGUGCUCAUUGCUGUCGGCUGCUGUGUGGGCAAUAUUUUUGUUAUUGUGGCCGUCUUGGUGAGUAAAAGCCUGCAGGAGCCCACCUUCUACUUCAUCGUCUCCCUGGCUGUGGCUGAUUUUUUGGUCGGCUGUGUGGCCAUACCGCUGGCCGUGCUGGUGGACGACCGGGUGCACACUUCAUUCUACACUUGUCUCUUCAUCAGCUGCUUGGUCGUCCUCUUGACCCUCGUCUCAGUUUUGUCCCUGGUGGCUAUUGCGGUGGAUCGAUUCCUCCGGGUUUAUAUCCCUCUCAGGUACAGAAGGGCAGUAACGCAGAGAUACUCAUGGAUUAUUGUGGCGGCGUGCUGGACCGUUGCAAUACUGAUCAGUUUAAUUCCGAUGUUUGGAUGGUACAACCAAAAAACCUUUGAAACAUUUUCUUCUGCAGUCAACUCAACACAGCCACUAACUAUGAUGUGCAGGUUUAUCGACGUCAUCCCCUUGUCAUACCUGGUGUAUUUUAACUUCUUCCUGUGCUUCCUGACUCCUCUGUUGGUCAUGUCGGCGCUCUACUGCUAUAUCUUCUACACCAUCCGAGGAAGCCUACGAGAGAAACAAGGGAACGGCACUGUACCUCAAUGUGAUAACUACUUGAGGAAAGAGAAACAGUUGGCGGGAUCUUUGUCUCUGGUCAUGGUCCUGUUUGCGUUCUGCUGGCUCCCUCUGCACAUUAUGAACUCUGUUGACUACUUUGGGAAAUCACCUGUGCCAUUGGAAGCAGUGUACACGGGCAUCCUGCUGUCACACCUCAACUCAGCCAUCAACCCAAUUGUGUACGCGUUCAAAAUCCCUAAGAUCAAGUCCGCUUACCUGAUGAUAUGGAGACGGUGUAUUACAUGUGGAAAAGAAAAAACAAGACCUCAGAGAAUGAUAAGCAUCAACAAUCUCAGCAUGAUGGACAAUAACAGCAUUUCCUAAAAUGGCUGAGGGUUUCCCUUU